CUGCCUUUCUGCUCCCUGUACAUCCCUGUGAAUUAAAACAUCAUGUUGUUGUACGAAGACGUUAUCAGUGGGGAUGAAAUGUUCUCCGAUGCGUUUCCCUUGAAACCCGUCGACGAUAUCGUCUUCGAGGUGGACUGCCAAACCAUCACUAUCAAGGCCGGUGCCGAUGUCGAUAUCGGUGCCAAUCCCUCUGCUGAGGAGCAAGACGAUGCUGUUGAGGAUGGAGCGACACAGGUCAACAAUGUUGUCCACUCCUUCCGUCUUCAGUCGACCGCUUUUGACAAGAAGUCUUACCUGUCAUACUUGAAGGGAUACAUGAAAAGUAUCAAGACCAAACUCGCUGAGACAAACCCCGACCGUGUCGAGGCGUUCGAGAAGGGAGCUCAGGCAUAUGCCAAAAAGAUCGUUGCCAACUUCAAGGACUUUGAAUUCUACACUGGCGAGACGAUGAACGCUGAUGGAAUGGUUGCUCUCCUCAACUACCGCGAAGACGGUGUUACCCCCUACUUCACGUUCUGGAAAGAUGGCCUGAAGGAGGUUAAACUGUAAAUGUUGAUGCCCACUUGAUAAAUUACAACAUGAUUGAAAUGGAGGCAUAUUGGGAGUAAUGUACGAUG